AUGGAAACUGCUCUAUGGAAACUUGAAAGACGCUUCAAGCAUUCAAAAGGAACGAUUCAGAAUUCAGUCAUCUUAGUGAUGAUUUAUGGAUUUGAGGAAUUCAUAAGAACACAAUUUUUCAGGUGAGAUGAGUUUCAUAAAGUCUUCAAACACUCCUAGAUCAUUCUUCAAUCAAACAAGAAAGCGGCUACCUUUCUGAGUUUAAUCGGCAUGGAAGAACUCUUACUAAAGACUCCGGUGUAUGAGGCCGCGAGAGUCAGGACAGUGAUUGUUACCGGUGUAAAAUCUGUAUUUUUGUGCCACGUUAUUUUAAAUUAGUGCAUCUUUUGCUCAACGAGGCAUUUUACAAGAAUGUACUGAAGUGAAAAAACACAAUCGUUAAAAGAAUAAAUCUCGCCGAAACUUAUAGCUUGCUAUUGCCGGCACGUUCGAUUCAUUGUUGUUUAAGGUUGCAUGAAAAAUUUACUCAGGGAGUUGAAGAUCAGCCAACGUUUUAUUUAUUUAUUUAUUUAUUUAUUUUAGUUUUUUGAACAGCAUUUACAAAAGUUGAAAACUCUUUUUUACCUUUAUGGCUAUUUGACUGAUUAUCUUUAUCUUGCUGAACCAAAUCAUUAAUUUUCAAAAAGCUAGUUUCCUGUAUAUGCACCGGUUUUACUUUGGGUUCGCGCUCAAACAUUGACCUCGAGCCUGUGUUAUUCCAAGUUAAAUUAUCGCUAAAAAAGAAAAUGAACCAGAUCUAGAGAAGAAGCUUAAAAAUCACAAUAAAAAACAUAAUUUUCAUAAGCAAACGUUUCCUUCUCGUCGUUUUCAGCUUCUUAAAAUAAAAACUGAAAGAAAACCAGAUUUUUGUAAUACAAGAGAAAUCACGAAAUCAUUUGCAGCUGGCCUUUUAAGACAUUAUUAUUUAUUUAUAACUUUCGCUGUUAAAAUCAAUUGAAAAUCAACUUAAAAAAUUCUUUUCAAAGAACAACAAAAUAACCGGUUUAGUUUAUCGAAACCAAAUACUACAGAGAGCGAGAGAAGUCAGUGUAAAGCCAAGUCAAAUUAGUCUCGUUACCUGAUUCUACCAAGUCGGUACCACACUCUAAGAACUGGGCUGCGUAUCAUUUGCUGGGAAUUUUGUCUUAUUCAACAUGGUUAGCAGGGCUAUUAGGAAUUGAUCGUUCAGUUUGCCAUUUAUAUUACUGAAAGUGAAAGGAAUUCACCUCGUCUGUCUAGCGCCGGGAGAUAAAUGCGCAGUCUUUUGUAUGCCCCGAGUUUCACUGUUAAAAAUUCUGAACAAAUCACAUAUCUUCAUGGUCUACAUUUGUCAUCUUUGUAGUACAAUAUAAACACAAAUCAUAUGCAUGCCGAGUUUCAUUUUUCUUUUUGUACAAGUAAAGGGUGUCGUUACGUAGCCCGCCUGUAUCACUAAAAAAUACAGAAAAGAAUAAUAGACAGAGAGGUAAGUAUUAUUACCUAUAGAAAUGAAAUGACGUGGUCAUGAAUAUGGCCAAUAGGGCACUUCCAAUUAAGUGCAGUUUGAGUUGUUAUGAAUAAACAAAUAACUGAUAAAUAGAUGCUUAGUGGUAGCACAUUCAUGAAGUAUUUGUUGGUCUAAUAAUGUCCCGGUUCUAAUUAGAAUUUGAAAAAAUUGGUUUUGGGGAAGGGGAAAAAACCGGAGCAGCCGCGGCAAAAACUUCUUGCCCUGGAGCAAGGGCAAGAACAACGAUUAAUUUAGCUUACUUGUUAGGAGGUUUCCUCAGUUUCUCCAAUUUUUUGUACACUCAGAAGUUUUGCAAACAGCAAUUCCAACGUUAGCGUGAUACAGUUUUAUAGCCCCUGUAUUUCCUGUGCUUGUUGGGUUUGGAAAGAUCUUGUCAUUUGUUUGAACACUAAACUACUAUUCUAUCAGCAGACCACACCGACAACGCCGAGGCUAAACAUUAAAAAGAUUAUCUGAUUUGUGACGAGGCAUGGAGUCUGUUGGAAAUGAUAAUAAAUGAACUUUGCUAGGAAAUCUUUUUUUCAUUUCCUUUUUGGUUGUUCCUUGAGGAUUUAAACCAAGUCGUGGGUGAAACGGUCCUCAUUAUUUUCCACUUUUUAGGUUUACCUGUAAAAAAACACACUUUAUGAGUCAACUCCCCUUUUUCCUGACAAAACGAUACUCAUUAGUUUUUUCAGGUCAUUUUAAGUGUGUGAAAAUAUAACAAAUGCUCAAAAAAUAGAGGAAGGGUAAAUUUUAGACAAAGACUGUAGUUAUGAGGACAGGCCCGCAGUGUGGAAUUCCCCCCAAAAAAUUUUUCAUGUACCCCUCGGUUUAAUUAUCCACCAAAUCACCAAGAGAGUAGUAGAAAACAUACAACGCACAAGGCCGGAAUUACUUAUGCCCCGGCGGGCCAUUUUGGAGGUGUUUGCUGUUGUAACGAAAAAAGAUGUCUCAUAUUUGUAUGAUAUUACUUGUAAAGAAAAUGAUUCUGAAUUAAAAUUUAGAAGACAAAAACGAGGAGUAUUUCAUCAGAUAUGGAAACAUGGUGAGCAAGGGUGAUACAGUGGUGAGAGCACUCAUCCCCCAUCAAUGUCGCCCGAGUUCAAAUCCCGGCUUCCACGCCUUUUGUGGGUUGAAUAAGUCGUGGUUCUCUCCCUUGCUCUGAGAGGUUUUUCUCCAGGACUCCGGUUUUGCCCUCAGCUCAAAAACCAACAAAUUUCAAUUCGAUCUGGGACGCACGGACACAUUUAAACGAGUUUUAAAGAACUCCUAAGUGCUUCGUUGAGUUUGACUUUAUUUUGUCCCAAAUUUGAAGUAAAUAGACUGUGGGCUUGCGCAACAGCACAGGAGGGAAAAAAAGACGGCAAACCUUGUGUGACAAGUGUGACCAUAACUUUGACUGAAAAAACUUUCCUCCAAACCUAACCCUCCUUUAAAUAGAUCUAUAGGUAAAAGACCAGUAAACAUUAGUUUAAGUGAAGAUCACGACACAACACGCAAGUAACAGCCCUGUCACGUUUGUCACACACAAGCGUUUUGCCGUUCUGCGUAGACUACUAUUUUUUCUCUCCUAACUCGCCAGAUGUCCUUGUACAAACAACUUUUUGUACAGUGUGGUUAUGAUGGCUGGCCCCUCCCUUUUUGAUAACCCGGAGCCAAAGUACUACUCACCUCCAAAGACCUUCUGGAAUGUCCUUCCUUCGUUCGAGUUUGUAAAGUUACUUUCUGAGUUGAUGGCCUACUUGUCACUCAGUCGACUCUUCCAGCCAUUUCUGGCCCCCACGGCAUACAUAACGAUGGUCUUGUUAAAAGCAGACAUUUUUGUGUGUUCCCAAAUUGGUGCUGUGCGCAAUAUUGCUUGCCAGGGUGCUGUGUCAGACACAAAGUUAUCACAAGUAAGAACUUUUGAAAUCCUUGCCAGCUGAUCUUUUAAAGUUACACUUUCUCAUUUAUCCUUUUCACCCAAACAUGCAGCCUGAGAAAAUUCUGAGAGCUAAGUAGCUACACCUAACUCUUGGCUAUGUAAACCAAUAACUGCAACGUAUUUUUAAUCUUCGCUUCCACAUAAAUGCUCAAUUUUCCUUGUAAAAAAUAAGCCAGUGGUUGAAAAACUCUUUCGUCACAUUAUUUCUUUGAGAAUGCGAGGUAUGGGUUAAGGCUUCUUGUGGCACUCGCUGGCAUCCGAGCAAAAAAGCUGUUUUAUCACCAUCAUCAUCAUCAUCGUCAUCAUCAUCAUCAUAAUCAUCAUUAUUAUUUUCUAUUAUUUAUUACGGAGGGAAAAAAACAAGUAUUAUCAGGAGCCAUUCACCCUGGUAAUGUAUCCCUAACUCGGCCCUAAUCUCGUUCCCAGAUCGGCUUUGAGAUCUGGGUACGAGAUUAACUCGGCCCUGAUGAGACUGUUUAUCGUGCUCAUAUGGGUGAAAUGAGUGUCAUCAUACUGUAACACUCAGUACCAAUAUUAGCACUGAAGCACACGUACCAGCGCCGCGGUAUGACCAUUACCUUACACAUGCGCUUAACCAUAUCACCCGGGCAGUGGCAGCCAUGGACAGCUGUUUCGCCGUUAUUGGGGCUCAUCAGCAUGGCACAACCGUCGGACCUCUGUACGGAAAGUCGUAGAGUUGGAACUAGCCUGCGUAGCAAGCGUUUCCGUUUGGUUUCGGAGCAAAAAGAGACCGUGGAAGGGGAGUUUCGGUUUUGAUUGCGCGAGAAAUUUACUUGCGCCAUUUUCCGCGCGGUCUUUGACUCUUGUUGCUCGUUCUUUGCUCCUAAACCGCACAGAAACGCUUGCUACGCCGGCUAAGUUGGAACGUGUGCGUCAGUGCUUAAAUUGGUAUUGUAACACUCAGGCCUAGGUCAAACGUCUAACCUUUUCACGAGACGAACCAAACUCUAAUUAGGGUCAAUCUAAAUUAAGUUAUUAAGAUAGGACGCGUCGAACUAACCAACUGAAUCAGACCAAAAAGCAAUUUUAACUGGCCAGCUGGUGUUGAGUAAUAAAUUUUCUCUCGAACGAGGCUAAAUAUACAUUAUCUUACAAAUUUUUAAUUUAUUAGUUUAGUUUGUCGCAUGUGAAGAUCGUCAUUUGUCCCGGAGACGGUCUUCAGACAUGUUAGACGAUUCAAACUCAUUCAGACAAACUUAACUUAACCAGAAGUCGAACUCUUCAUGAACAUAACUCACUACGUUUGGUUCGUCUCAUCAAAAAAUCGACGUUUGGCCAGGCCUCAGUGGGGAAGUGUCCUACGAAUUAAUCCAGUUGUAUCUAUGACAACCAGAUUCACUGUACUGGCUUAAUUUACCCCCAAAUCAGUGAGUUUCAUCAUUGUUGAUUACUUACAAAGGGAUUUCACUCUACUAAUGGUUACUUUCUCCCUUCAUUCAGGAGAAGUCAAACGAGCUGCACAUUCUCAAGGUACACACGCAGUCCCAGAUUCUCGGGUUAGGUAUCUUGGUCGCACCAACGCUGUUUUCGCUGGGCCUCGUUUGCAUUCAGCGAUGCUGCUUUGAAGACGACACGCUUCCGAGCCCAGGUGAAUUCGAAAAGCUUGAAAAAGAGGUACUAGGGAAUUUAUUUCGCGAGAAAUUGUUGCUGGCCAUUCAAGAAGACGCAAAGAAAAAGGUGAACGACGUGUUCCAGAUCAAAUCUAAAAGGGAUGUUAAAGAUGUUUUUAACAGAGCCAGAGAAGCACUGAGAGCUAUUAGUUACACUACCGACAGGAAUGGACGAUAUAAUAGACUGAAUAUUGACGAUGAAGAAACUGAUUGCAGCUUAUGGAUUCCACCCAUC